AUGGCCUUUGAGAUCUACGGGGCCCUCCUGGCCAAGGUCAGGAGGGGAGUCUUUGUCUUCCCCUUGAGGCACCAGGUCCUCAACCUGCUCGUCCCCCUCAUACUCCACCUGGAGGAUGCAAACGGCAGAGUAGCCCAGAUCGCCCGGCCCACCCUCUGCCACCUGGCCACCUUGCUGGGCUGGUCAAAGCUCAGGGCGACUUUCGCUGAGAAAGACGUGUGGACCGUCCUCAGCGCCCUGCGGCACAGUAGCGAGUCCAGGGAAAGUGGGCCCCGGAGCCCGGGCAGUCUGGGGGGCUUUCGUGGAGCAGGAGCUGCGGGCGGGUUGCGGAUUGGAGCCGGACCGGGGCGGGGCCGGGCCGGUCCGGGUCGGGUCGGGGCGGCAGGAGCAGCGGCGCCUCUCCCGCAGCUGCAGCAGGAGGCGGGCCGAGCCCUCUGGUUCCUGAAGCAGAGCGUGCUGCUCUUCAGGAGCCCGCAGGUCCCCAUCCGCCGGGCCGCCGUGUGGUUCGCAGGCCAGAUCAUCCAGACCCUGGGCGCGGAGGAGGCCGGGGAGGCUGAGGAGGCCCGUGCAGCCCUGAGACACAUGCGGGCAGACCUGGACCCCACGGUCAGCUGCCUCGCCACGCAGACCUCCUACGUCCUGGCGGCCAAGGAGGAGACGUGGGUCGCCAGCUCCACCUCCUGCUUCUGCCCCAGGCGGCCGCGGAAAGCCUGCUUCUGAGCCCGUGGCUCGUCAGACAAGACUGCAGCAGCAAGAGACCGUGGCCUGGCUCCUAAGCCCUGCUCUAGACGUGGAGUGUCCCCGCAGAGCUUCCGUAA